AUGGUGGAGAGAUUCCAGGAAGGUUUGUUCUUUUGUGAAGCGUUUUGUGUUCAAGGGCAAGGUUUUUGGCCAGCAUGGCUGCCCAAAAAAGAGUACUUCUGCCCUCCGACGUGCAAUCCUCAGUCUAGAAAUCUGACUGUCACAGGAGUUUUCCCAUUCGCUCCUGAUGCUGAGGCGCUGCCAGAGGAGUAUGAUCUCACCUUGGAGCCGGAUUUGGAACACUUCACUUUUGAUGGCAUCGUCAAAAUCACCUGCGACGUGCAAGUGGCAACUGACACUGUCAGUGUGCACGCCAUGGACCUUGUCCUGUCGCAGGCUGUGUUCAGGCCCAGUGGUUCCACUUCAGUGAUCAAAGCAGAUGAGAUCACAACAAAGGCCAAAUUGAAGACAGCUACCCUUGGAUUUGAUGAAGUACUACCAGUUGGCAAGGGUGUCCUGGAAAUCAAAUUCCGUGGGAUCCUGAAUGAUCAGAUGGCAGGUUUCUACCGUUCGCAAUACACAGACUCGCGUGGCAAGAAACGAUUCAUGGCCACUACUCAGUUUGAAGCUAUUGAUGCCCGUCGUUGUUUUCCCUGCUGGGAUGAACCGGCAAGGAAAGCCACAUUCGUCGUUACGUUGAUCUACCCCGCAAAUCUCACAGCCAUCUCGAACAUGCCUCCAAGCCGCUCUGAAGUUUUGGCAGAUGGCAAGCGGAGGGAGACAUUCAUGCCAACUCCCAGAAUGAGUACUUACCUGCUUGCCUUUUGCAUCGGUGAGUUCGAGUUCAUCAGUGACAGCACGAAGGGAGGAGUGUUGGCACGAAUUUUUGCCUGUCCUGGCAAUGCCUCACGCUGCAGUUUUGCGUUGAAGUGUUGCAUACGCGCCCUUGAGUUCUACAAUGAGUUUUUUGGUAUUCCGUAUCCUUUGCCAAAGAUGGACAUGAUCGCGAUUCCAGACUUUGCGGCUGGCGCAAUGGAGAAUUGGGGCCUUGUGACGUACAGAGAGGUUGCACUGCUUUGUGACGAAGCAACAGUUUCUGCGACACAGAAGCAACGAAUCUGCACUGUCAUCGCCCACGAGCUUGCGCACCAGUGGUUCGGUAAUUUGGUGACCAUGGAAUGGUGGGAAGACCUGUGGUUGAAUGAAGGCUUUGCCAACUGGAUGCAGACGUUCGCAUCUGACAAGCUUUUCCCUGACUGGCACAUAUGGGAGUCUUAUGUCGGCACAGAACAGCAGAGAGCAUUGCAGCUUGAUGCAUUGCGUAGCAGCCAUCCGAUACAGGUGCCGAUCAUGCAUGCUGAGGAAGUUGAGGAGGUUUUCGACGCAAUCUCCUAUUGCAAGGGAGGAUCUGUGGUGCGGAUGAUUUACUCGGUGCUGGGUGAAGCGCACUUCCAGGAAGGACUGCAGUUGUACUUUUCAAGGCAUAAAUACGGCAACACGGUCACCACAGACUUAUGGAAUGCCUGGAAGCAGGUAUCGGGCAAGCCAAUCGACAAGAUGAUGAGCUCAUGGACGCAGAAAAUGGGGUUCCCACUCCUGGAGGUUCUCAAUGAUCCACUGGCGGACUCCUCCGGGCAGGUCGAAAUCAAGCAGAGGUGGUUCCUGGCAGAUGGAUCCAAAGAGUCCUCAGACGAUGACAAAGUCUGGUUUUGCCCCGUGAUCGUGGGCACAGACAAGGGCAGUGCUCCUGCAGGAUUUCUGGAAGACAAGAGUGGGAAGAUUCCAUGCGGCGGUUGUCUUUCAGGUGCUUCCAUGAUGAAGGUGAACUUUGGUCAACAUGUUCCGGUGCGAGUCCUCUAUCCGGAGUCAGUUUUCAAACGUCUCGUUCAGAAUCUGAACAGUGUGCCCCCAGAAGACAAGAUAGGCUUGCUGUCAGACACAUUCGCCAUGAGCAAAGCCGGCGUACUGGAUGCAAGCUUCUUGGUGGAUCUUCUGGCUGGCUUCAAGUCAGAACUGAACGAUAAAGUGUGGUCCGAAAUUGCCUCCGUACUGGGAGGGCUUGACAAGGUUGUCUGCCAGGGUCUCGCUGAUGACACGGCAGCUGCCUUCAAGGAAUUCUGCAGCAAACUGGUAGUUCCCGCUUUCAAUCAUGUGGGCUGGGAAGCUUCAAGUGCGGACAGCGACAACCGCAAGAAGCUCCGAAGUACAGUCUUGGCAGCGGUAUCAAAGUACUGCUCCCAGGACCCUGCAAUUGCUGCCGAGGCGGUCAGGAGGUGUAAAGAGUUUGCGGCGGCACCAAAUGAUGCCUCAGUGCUUUCUGCGGAUAUCCGCUCUGCAGUCUUCGAUGUGGCAAUGCAAAGUGACCAAGCUCCGCGUGUCUUCGAUGAGCUGGUCCAGGCCCAUGAUGCGGUAACGGACGGUGCCGUCAAAAUCCACAUUUAUGGAGCUUUGGGCAAAGCGAGUGGGAACGUUCUCCAGAAGAAGGCGUUGGACUUGUGCCUGAGUGGAGCCGUUCGAUCUCAGGAUUUGAUAUACAUUCCAAUGGCAAUGGCAACAAGUGGUAAGGCAGGUGCGGAGAUGGUCUUCUCCUGGAUGCAGAACGAGUACAGCCGCAUUUAUGAGAUGAUCGGCGCUACCUCAAUGAUGCUCUUUCAGAACAUGGUCCGUGUUUCAGGAGCAGGCUUCGUCACUGAAAGCAAGGCCGAAGAGGUGUCCGCUUUCUGGAAGAGCCGCGACCUGUACAAGAACAUAGAGAAAGCUUUGGCGCAGACCGUGGAGGGCAUCAAGUCCAACUCAAAGUUUGUAGACAGGUUGAAAGGCUCCAAAGCAGCGCUCGCUUCAACCUGGAAAGCUGCAAUGGCCAAAGGUGUGGAGACGAUGCUUUCCUUUCUACGGCAUUUGCCGCAAGCGCAUGUGGCGCCCAAUACAUCGGAAGCGGUGAAUGCAGCAGCUGCCGCAAUGUUUCAGAGGGCAGCUUGCUGGCUGAAUGAAGUUGAUGAAGUGGACUUUGACCAGCUGCAGCACGUGCUCUACCUUGCGUUCUGGCUGGGUGCAGAGGACGAGGAUGUUGCACUGUCAGCCUUGGACGCUAUCGAGAGGUUUACUCUCUACAGGAGUGAGAAUGGCGCCACUCUCCUCCAGUCAGAUGUUCUACAGGUGCUGCACCGGAUCAUUGGCCACAAUCGGGCCCCGGAGCUGGUAUCCGAGGCUUUCACCCUUCUAUACCGUCUCUGCGAUGCUCCUGCUCCAGCGGUGGUUCCUUUGGUAACCGAGGAGAGCGGGCUGGUGCGGACAGUG